UUGAUUGACAUUAAAACAUAUACAAUGAAUUUUAAAUUGUUUAUUUUUGCAUAUAUUUUAGAAAUUGCAUCAGCAGCUAUCUUUAGGGAAAGCAGAGAGCUGGGCCCGGGCAUUCGAAAAGGUUGCUAUGUAGAAUCGUUGGGUAGGUACCUUAAGGGUGGUAAGAUGGUAGAAGACGUCUUUUGCGGUCGGUAUGAAUGCUACGAUAACGAAAUUACUAUAACCACUUGCCCUGUCGUGGACACUGAUGAUCCGGAAUGCAAAAUAUUCUCACUUGACAUAGAAGGCCUAGUGUAUCCGUUUUGCUGUCCCCGAAUAACUUGUGGAGAUGAAAGUAAACAACAGGAAUAUGAUUAUUUGCGUCAAAGACUUCUCGCAUCGGUACUUAGUUAAUCAUUGCUAAGAUCUCGUCAUGAAAUGUAUUAACUGGUUUGGUGAUAUUAUUUGACCUGGAGAAUAUUUAUAUUAUGUUAA